AUGGCACCAAAGGUGCACAAGAAGUCCAAUCGGGCCAGACACCGAUCGACACUGUCGCUUCAGAAAACAGAGGUCAUUAUCAAUGUUUAUGAUCUUCUAGCACCCGGUCGCCUCUCUUCCUUCCUAUGGUUCGUCGGCACAUCUCUCUUACAUUCGGGUGUUGUCGUCAAUGGAAGAGAAUAUGCUUAUGGUGGACAUGACCGUCAUGGAGUCACUGGUGUCUACUGGACUAAGCCUCGGUCGGAACCUCCGGGUGGCACAUUCCGCUGCGAGAUUCUGCACGGCUUUACUUUAGCUACUCCCGAUGAGAUUGAAGCCAUCAUCCGCACCACCUCGGCAGAGUUUCUCGGCCCUUCUUACAACCUUCUCACGAGGAACUGCAACCAUUUCACUGCCUAUUUAUGCCGCAAAUUGACCGGCCGUCCCGGUCCUCCUUGGCUGAAUCGUGCUGCGAGUAUUGGCGUUGCCUUACCUUGCGUUGUUCCGCGGGAAUGGAUCGAGCCACCGGAGUACGACACUGCUGAUGGCGAGUUGCUAUUAAGCGACGACGAAGACGAUAUACACGAUGAACGAACGGGCAUUUUGCGGGUGUCUUCGCCACAAGUACACCUGAUUAGAGCAGAUUCUAACGAAGGUACAAGCGCCAGCGACAGAUUGCAGCAAAAUUGGGAUGAUGAGGAUGAGCGGAGAAGUACUGGAAGCGGCGAAAUGGGGAAAGGCAAAGGUAGAGCCGGGCCUAUGCGAGAUUGUGAAGGACGAGCACUACCGCCGUCCGAGCGUCUGCGAGCAUGA